CUUAUACGACAACCGACGAGGGAGCAUGGACAAGCUCUUCCAGCGCAAGAAGAGCCCCGAGCAACUCAGCAAGCUCAUCAAGGAGGCGCUUGAGAACCCGAACACGCCUGUCAAGCCCGACAAGAGCGGCAAGGUCGUGGACAUCGUCACCAAGCGGCUGAACCAGAUCAAGCUGCUGCUCUACGGCGAUGGCGAGCAAGAGUCGAACCCGCAAAAGUGUGCGCAAAUGUCCAUGCUGCUGAUUGCCGACAACAUGAUCCCGCGGCUCGUUUUGAACCUCGAAAAGCUGCCAUUCGAGGCGCGCAAGCACGUGGCGCAGAUCUACAACAACCUCAUGCGGCGGGACCUGGGCGGGUUUGUCGCGUACGUCGAGCGCCAGCCGCAGAUGAUCUCGGCCUUGGUGCGCGGCUACGAGCACUCGGAAAUUGCGCUCAACUGUGGCACGAUGCUGCGCGAGUCGAUCCGGCACGAGGCGCUGGCCAAGCAAAUCUUGCACUCACCCGACCUCUGGAAGUUUUUCGACGUCUACGUGCACUUGCCCAACUUUGACGUUGGGUCGGACGCCUUUGCGACGUUCAAGGACCUCCUCACGCGCCACAAGCCGCUCGUCUCGCAGUUCUUCGAGUCGCACUUUGACAUGGUCUUUGAAAAGUACAACAAGCUGCUUUCGUCGGAAAACUACGUCACGCGGCGCCAGUCGCUCAAGCUUUUGGGCGAAAUCCUCCUGGACCGGUCCAACUUUGACGUGAUGAUGCGCUACAUUUGCAAGCGCGAGAACCUCAAGAUGAUGAUGAAUCUGCUUCGGGACACGAGCGUCAACAUCCAAUUCGAGGCCUUUCACGUCUUCAAGGUGUUUGUGGCCAACCCGAAGAAGCCCAACGAGAUCACGCAAAUUCUCUUGACCAACAAGGAGAAGCUCAUUGCCUACUUGGAGAAAUUCCAAAACGAAAAGGAGGACGAGCAAUUUGUCGAAGAAAAGAGCCUCUUGAUCCGGACGCUCUCGACGCUCGAGUUGAGGCAAGAAGACGAUGAGACAGACGGCAAGACCGCAACGACAAGCCACUAAGGACGCUACAGGACGCGAACGUGUGGUCAUCAUCUACAAGAAACCUUUUCGUCGAUUUGCUUUUUGUAUCGUCCACGAAUGAAAACCAUAUAUCUCGUGUCUUCUCGGG